AUGGACAACAACACUGACACCGGCACCAAGUUGAAAGCUGAGCUAAAAGCCGAAAUAGCACAAAAGCAAAAGGCAGUCAAGAAGAUGCUAAAGAGACUCGAUGCCAAGGAAAGAUCCCUCCAGUAUGCAGCGAGAGAUGGGGGGCCUGCUCUUCAGAGGCUGGAGGGCUUGAUGGCCGAGGCCGCGCAGGUGGUGAGGAGCACCGGUGAUCUGAUUGAGGCGGCUGAAAGAUCUUGUCAAGCUUCUAAAGAUGUAAGAACAGAUUAUGAGGAAGAGACAGGGCCGUAGAGAGAGAGCGGGCGGACGGGUUGGAGGUGUGCAGGGAGAGAGUGUGCAAGGGGAGCAACGGCGGGAGGAGAGACACAGAUUUUGAUUUCAACAUAUGGAAAUCCCUCAAACUUUCAGGGGAGUGUUUGGAGGGCUUGGGGCAAGUUUGUACUUGAGAACAACAAUAGAGCUCCGGAAAUCCCCGUUAGCGCCCAUGUGACAAACGCUAGCUGACGCGUCUAGAAUUUGCGCCUUGCUUUCUUUCCGUUACAAAAAUUUGAGAAAAUAGCUGUGUGCUUUGAUCACGUCCGACGGGAGUGUGAACGCUUGGAAACGCACUUACAGACAAGCGCCAAGUCUUGGCUUGUGAGAGCGCAUGGACUAUCGGCCUUUGUUAUGAUCCGUUGUUGUGGUUCGUAUCACAUCGUGGCCGUGCAGACGAAGAAAUGCGUAAGACCGCUCGAAAUUGAAGGCAUAACUGACUUUAUCCUGAGUAUUGCCAUGACCGAGAAUGUCUAAGACUCCUAUUUAUUCCAGAUAAAAGGUUUGCUAUAUAAUCUCAGACAUCAAAGCGAUGCUAUGGCAAUCGCAACAUUCAAAACAGGCGGCUCUGGGUGAACGUCUCCGUGUCAAAGCCUUCCAGCUUCCACUCCUGAUGCCCUUCAUGAGCCAGCGGAGCAUCCUGCAACUGCUCAUCAAAGCCGGAGAAAGACUAGACGACUCACAAGCGAAAUGGAAUGACACAGUCCGAUCCGCUCGGGCAAAUCUGUCACAGGAACCACAAAUCAAACCACACACUACAUUACCAGACAGCAUCACCAUCCUUGCAGAUCUCGUACAGCAGACCAACACACGUCGAAACUUCCUCGAAGCCCAUCACCAUAGCUUCUUCCCGCCGCCACCGCGGACAGUCUUCGCGCUCCUUUCGGCGAGCCACGAGCCCCGAAUCUCCACAGAGACUCGGGAAUGGAAUUUGCGGCGUAAUAUGGCCCGGGCGGAGCACAAGAUUCGCGCAGAUCUGGGAAGAAUCAAGGUGGGGGAAGAUGGUCUGUUGCUGGCAAUAAAUGCGUUUCGAGCUUUGCGGGGACAACUUCUUGCCCAGCAGCAGGCGCCUGAGUUGGUGACACUGAGUAAGCUUGUGGACGCUGUUGAGAGGGUGGAGAUUGCUUUUCGGGAGGUUGGGGAUGAGAUGCCUUUGAAUAUCGAAAUGCUAGUGCUUGGAUCGAGUGUUGCGGACGGUAGGAAAGUCAUCGGUGAGCAGGAAGAGCUGGUACUGAGAUUUUUGCAUAUGUUAAGGGAUAUCGGGAUCAAGAUGGGGAGGCAGAGGAUGAUUACGGAAUUCUUCCAUCGCGUCUAG